AUGGCGGCGAACUACGAGGCGGUGCAUCUCAAACACCCAAUUCCUGAUAUUUCAGGCCCCUUCCAGAUUACAUCGCCUCCUGGCACGGAUAUAUGGGAUAAGCCUCCCUCCACACACUCUUUCAACGCUCCAAUCAUCUAUCAAAAGGCCACUGUAGGCGUGCUGAAAACUGCAAAGGUCACCGUCUCCUCCCAGUGGAAAGACAGAUACGACCAGGGAGGUUUAGUUCUUGUGGUCAAAACGCCCGACACCACUCGGUGGGUCAAGACUGGUAUCGAAUUUGAGUAUGGAAUCCCAAACAUCAGCACUGUGGCCAAGGACCAGUGGUCAGACUGGAGUCUGCGUCCUUUACUGGCGGAAUCAAGCAACAAGGCCACAAUAGAAUUGGAGGUCGUCGAAGAUGGCAGUCUGUGGGUCUGGCUCGUCGGUGUAGAUGGUAAGAAACAUGCUUUGAGGGAAGUGACAUGGUACGGCAAUCUGGAUAAGAGCGUUGAGAUCUGGGUGGGAGUUUAUGUCGCCAAGCCCGCACCCAAUGGAGAGAAAGAUGAUUUGGUCGUCGAUUUUGAGGGGCUCUCGGUUAAAACACAGUGA